UACAAACCCGGAGACCGACGGACCCCCCCUGUCCACUGUCCCUCCUCCACCAUGGCGAGCCAGGACCCUGUCAACCCUUCACAUGCAACGUUUGACCUCUUCGUCAAAGCCCAGACCUGUAAGGACGUGAGGCACCACUUUGCUGAGCUCUGCAAGCAGCUGGACGUCAACCCCAGAGACUUCAGGACCUUCUACAUCAGUUUAAAGGAGAGGCUGAAUUACUGGAAGGCCAAAGCUCUGUGGACAAAGCUGGACAAGAGGGCGUCUCACGCAGAUUACCAGCAGGGAAAAGCCUGCACCCAAAACAAGUGUCUCGUGUUGGGUGCCGGACCAUGUGGGCUGAGGACGGCCAUCGAGCUGUCCCUGCUCGGGGCUCAGGUGGUGGUGCUGGAGAAGAGAGAGUCGUUCACCAGGAACAAUGUUCUCCACCUGUGGCCCUUCACCAUCUACGACCUCCGCGGGCUCGGAGCCAAGAAGUUCUACGGCAAAUUCUGCACCGGCUCUCUGGAUCACAUCAGCAUCCGUCAGCUGCAGUUGGUUUUAUUGAAGGUGUCCCUGCUGCUCGGGGUGGAGGUGCACACUGGAGUGGAGUUCCACGGCUUGAUUGAGCCCUCAGGGGAAAACGGUUGGAUGGCCAAGCUGCAGCCUGCGUCUCAUCCUGCUGCAACCUUCCAGUUCGACGUCUUCAUCUCUGCAGGAGGAGGCAGAUUUGUCCCUGAUGGUUUUAAACACAAGGAGCUCAGAGGAAAGCUGGCUAUCGGCAUCACGGCCAACUUCAUCAACAGCAACACGCCGGCCGAGGCCCAGGUGCCGGAGAUCAGCGGCGUGGCGCGCAUCUACAACCAGAAGUUCUUCCAGGAUCUGCUCACGGAGACGGGCAUUGAUCUGGAGAACAUCGUCUACUACAAAGACGACACCCACUACUUUGUCAUGACUGCCAAGAAGAAGAGCCUGCUGAAGAAGGGGGUCAUUAAACAGGACUUCAGUGACGCAGAGGAGCUGCUGGCUCCGGCGAACGUGGACAGGGAGGCUUUGAACCGUUACGCCCAUGAUGCGGCCCACUUCUCCACAGAACUGCCCGACCUCCAUUUUGCUAAGAACCCAGCGGGCAAUCCGGACGUGGCCAUGUUCGACUUCACCUGCAUGCACCGCGCUGAGAACGCCUCCCUCGUCAGGGAGAGGAAGGGGAGGAAGCUGUUGAUGGGGCUUGUGGGAGAUUGUCUGGUGGAG